AUGGAACAUUCAUGUGUUCAGCUGGACGAUUUACCUGAUGAAAUUCUUCUGAUUAUUUUCCAAAAAUUACACAAUUGUGAUGUACUUUAUUCUUUCAUAGGUCUUAACAAACGACUUGAUACAAUUGUAAAUGAUACAAUUUUUACAAGAAAUUUAACACUAAUAACAUCUGCUCAUAGUCCAUCAUAUCAAUUUACUGAUAUGGUACUUGAUCGAUUUUGUCGUGAAAUUUUACCUAGAAUUAAUGAUAAAAUCGAACGACUUAAUAUUGAAUCAUCAAUUAUGGAACGAAUUCUUCUUGCAACAAAUUAUCCAAAUUUACAUGCACUCGGUUUAUAUAAUUUUGCAUUUGAAACAGCGAAUCAACUCUUUUGUGAUGGAAGUUAUUUAAUUCGUCGAUUUCAAAAUCAAAUUUCAUCACUUUUUAUUAAUAUGAAACCACAUGUACAACUAAGUGAUGGAUGGGGACAUCCACAACAAAGAAAUAUAUUUAUAUUUAUUAGAAUCUGUACUCGGUUCAAGAAUUUACAAUGUGUAAAUUUCAGUUCAUCUUGUGAUUAUGAACAAUUAACAUUUACUAGCAUAGCUCCAACUGACUUCUCUUCGAAUUUAUUAGAAUUACAUGUUGUAAUAAAAACUAUCAUAGAUUGUCUUUGUUUGCUUGAUGGUCAGUUCAAUCAACUGCAUACGUUUUAUGUUACGAUUCGUCCUCGUGGUAUUUGUGAAUACCCAUCGGUUGGAAACGAUGUAAGUUACUCAUAUUAA